UACUGCCAGCACUGCUAACUGUUUGACGUGCGUGUGUGUUGGUUUCUAAUAAUCGUUCCUGUGUGAUUACUGAGUGAGUGUAUGUGCUGGCUGGUGACAGUCUGCUGUGCUUAGUGGGUCAAAGCCAGGUGCUGGUUGUAAAGACCCCGUGAUACUGAUAUUUAUAGUACAGUAUCUAUGAAUAGCUGCAGUGUCAGUGUGCAUACUCAGGAGCCCACUUGCUGUACCGGAUUAAAAUCUGCCAAAGGACUACAGCCAUUUUGCUUCAGCAACGCCUUCAAAAUUGAAUUUAUUUGGAUGAACAGAUGAGCAUGGAAGCAGAAGAGGAUUUUUAUCAAUCAGAGGAUGAGCUGGAUGAAGAUGAGGCAACACAAUACAUCAUUGAACAAAGUCUGAUUCAGUACAGAAAACUAAAAGGAUUAAAUCCAAGUGAUCUGAAACUCUGUGAAGACCUUGAUGAGAUUUUCAAAGCUAUCAAGGAAGGUGACGAGGCUACACUGAGCACGAUAAUUGAGCAGCCAGAGAAUCUGUCCAGAGUUGAUGCACGAGGAUGGAUCCCUUUGCACCAGGCUGCAGCGCAGGAGAACAAAAUCAUUCUAGAAAUGAUCUUUUCAGCGUCACGCCCAGGAGCAGCUGAAUGUCGCACUUUGAAGGGUGAGACGCCUCUCUUCUUAGCUGCGGUUCAUGGAAUCAGAGCCAAUGCUACGUUCCUGUUACAGAAUGGUUGUAACCCGGAUGUCCAGAACGAUGAGGAGGAUUCUCCCUUGGUGGCUGCCAUUCUGAAUGACCAGUAUGACUUAGCCACUCUUCUGCUUCGCUACAAUGCCAACGUAGACCAAACAGGGUCGCUAGACAGGACAGCUCUACACGAGUCAGCCUUUUUAGGAUUGGAGAAUUUCGUUUAUCUGCUGUUACAGUCAGGUGCCAACCUGGAUGCACCUGACAUCAACAAGAAAACUCCACUGGCUCUCGCUGCUCAAAAUGGACAUCUGAACGUGGUGGAGGUUCUUUUACAGAAAGGCGCACAAGUGGAGUCUGAAUCAGAAUCAGGCUCUAUUUUGUUUGAUGCGGCAGCAUCAGGGCACCCUGACGUUAUCUCCAUGCUGCUGGAGCAUGGAGCAGAUCCCAACAUUCCUCUUUACAGUGGCCAUCUGCCACUUCACCGUGUGGCAUACCGUGGACACAGACUGGCGUUGGAAGUCCUCAUCCCUGUGACUAACCUGCAUGCUGUUAAAGAGAGCGGGAUGAGCCCUCUCCAUUCUGCAGCUGCUGGGGGCCAUGCCCAUUGCAUGGAGAUUCUGCUCAAAGCCGGCCAUGAUCCAAACUUCAUGCUGCACCCAAGGUUGCGCCGCAGCUAUAAUGAUGAGCGCAGGUCGGCCCUCUUUUUCGCUGUGUCAAACAACGAUCUUCAAUGCACCCGCUUGCUACUAGAGGCCGGAGCAAUGGUCAACCAGGACCCUAUCAACUGUCUACAGGUGGCUCUUAGACAGGGCAACUAUGAACUUAUCAACACCUUGCUGAAAUACGGGGCAAAUGUUAACUAUUACUCCCGAGUCAACACCACUCACUUCCCCUCAGCGCUGCAGUAUGCCUUGAAAGACGAGGUUAUGCUGAGAAUGAUUCUGAACUACGGUUAUGAUGUUAAGCGUUGUUUUGACUGUCCAUACGGUGACAGUUCCCAUGACUAUGCUCCUUGGACAACCUCGGCCAUCAAAGACAUGGUGUUCUGUGAGGUGAUAACAGUGUCAUGGCUGGCGCACCUAUCUGCCCAGGUGGUACGCAUCAUGCUGGACUACACUGACUACAUCUCCUUCUGCCCCAAACUAAAGGAAACCUUGCAGGAGCAGAAACAAUGGCCAGAAAUAUGUCAUAUUCAAAGAAACGCAAGGAGCCUGAAGCACCUGUGUCGGUUGCAAAUAAGGGAGCACAUGAAUCUUCUGCGCUUGAGAGCAUCAGUUUUUAUUAACUUCCUUCCUCUUCCACCCAGGCUGAAAGAUUAUCUACGCUUCAAGGAGUUUGAUGUUUACAGCAGGGGCAGCGUUCUUCACCCCUAGUUUAAACACAUUUGAAGAUACCAGAUCUCACAGAUACAUUAUAAUUUAUAUGUGCCUACUAUACUAGUGCCUAUUAACUUUCUGCCUUGUCAUUAUGUGUUUUGAAAUGUAAAUGUCGGGCAUAUGAAAUACCUUGCAAUAGUCAAAUAAAUUCCCUUCACUUGUAUGGUGCCAAUUCACAACAAAGUAAUCUAUGAGACUUAAUACAGAAAACAUUGAAAAUGUACAAAGUUGAAAAAAAAAACCAAUCCAAUAAAUACAAUCCAAAUGAUAUUCCAGUUCAGUCUGAUUCAUUGGAAGUCAUGCAUAAUAUAAUUCAUAAACCAGUUAAUUUCAGUUGAGUAAAAAAAUCAUAUAAUGCCAAUUAAUAAAAAACUGCCUUGCUGAGAAACAGUUAUUAAAUAUUCAUCAUUAUCUGAAAGGAAAGAUUAAACCCUAGUCUUAAAGGUAGAGAUGAUGUCUGCAUCCCUGAAUGUUCUACUUUUGGAAACUUUAAGAUUUGCAUAAAACCUGAAAACACAUUUCUUUACUUCUUGUUAAUUGGCUGUUGUGGUGUGUUAAUAUGCAUUAAACAGGUUUACUCAGAAUAGAAAAACAACUUGACUUAUAUGGAUGCAGAAGAAACUAUUUUGAAGGAAGCCAGUUAGCAUAUAUGCAUAUAGCAUACAUGGAGGGAUAUUUCUUUUUUGGCACCAUCAUGUGGUAAACCAGAGUAUGACAGGAGUGGGAUGUUCAGUAGGUUCAUUUACUAGCCAUAUCAGUAUGAGGAAAAUAUGAGGGGAAAUGGGAAUUGGUCUUAAAAGGUGUCAUUACGAACACAACAAUGCAUAAGUGUAUUCAGGAUGCAUAUAGUAAUAAUUCAUAUUUUGGUAUUUGUGGUGUGAUUCACUUUUUUUCUUCCUUUUUCAUAUGUAUGACAGUAGGUCAUAUUUCAUUUUACUGGAUAUUGUUACCUGUGUGCUAGGCCGGAUUAUCCGUAUAGUGAACCGGGCCCAGGGGCACCGGCCAAUGAGGGGGCACCAAAUCAAAUGACUAACUGGGCCAUAUAUGUCAUAUUUUGAUAUUUUCUCUAUAUAUUUGCUGGAAGAGGAGCAAACAGGUUGAGCAGUAACCAAUGAUAUAAUAAAAAUACAUGGAAAUAAUAAUAAAAUAAAAAGAAUUGCGUUUGAGUGAGUGCCUUAACCUUAAAUCUAACAGCGUACACAUUGCUAUUGUAUUAAUGUGCUGUUCCCUACCUUCACAUCAGCUCAUUCAGUAGGCCUGUUUGAUUGUUUAGUCAUAUGCUGUAAUAGUUUUGCAUGUAGUCCUCAGACAGGCCAUAUAUGGUGGAAAUGAUGAUAGUUAACAUGUGGUGUUACAUUGGCAUGUGAGUUGCAUUCUGAUUGGAGCAUCAGUGUAGUAGUGACCUUGUGGUCAUGGUCGGUGGAGCCUCUCGGUGUGGACGGCCACCCAUAGGUAGUGUUUUCCUCACCUGGAUCGUUAGUGCUAAGCCAUGUCACCAGUCCAUUUACUGUGUGUGUGUGUGUGUUUGUGUGUGGGUGUGUGAGUGUGUGCACAUGUGUAUGAGUGUGAGUGAG